GACCAGCAUGUAGUCUGGACCCUGCCUGACUCCUCUCCAACCCGGAUGGCAUGGCCUGCCCUCGGCUUAGGCUGGUCAGGCUUUCCAACAGGGCGUCCCUACUACCCUCAGGGCUUCUUGCCUGGGUCCCUCCUGCCAAGGCCGCUCGCUGGCCCGGGUAAAGCCUGGGGUGGAGGCGACUCCGCUCUCCGCCGCGCCUCCCUCCCAGCGCUGGGCCUGGCUGUGGCUGUGCGGUCCGCACGCGGCUCCUCCAGCCUCAGCCUCGGGCAUCGCCUGCAGGGGGCGCCCCGGCGCGCGCAGCCGAGCGGCCUUCCGUCCCGAGCCGCGCUCCUGAGACCAUGUCGCUCUCCACCGGGGCUCGCGACAAACACGGGCAAAGGCACGCGUACUUCGCCCGCAAAACUGUCCGCAGGGAAAGAGCAACAGGGCGGAACUCACCCUGCAUCCUACGCCCGCAUCAGAAGAUCGUCCCCUAGGAAACUUAGCUCUCUACUUCCGGAAGUGCUUAAUGUUUGAUAGGUGGGCGGGCGCCGAGGCGCCCAGUUUCCGGUGGGCGUGCUCCUGGCUCUAAAAUGGAAGUGGAGCGGACUCCUAGUACCGCUAGAAGCUGCUGGCGGAGGACAAGGAGAACUAACUCUAAUUUGUCCCGGCUUCGGAGGUGGAAAAGCCCCCACUGGUCGGGCCUAGAAGCUGAGGUAUGGUGUUGUCAGCCCUGUUCUUAGCCUGUGUUGAACACUCUUUUCCUGUGAAAAAGAAAAAUAUUCACCAGGAUGGGAGUCACAAUUUAUCAGAGCUUUCCAGACUCAGUUUACCGAGUAUGCUCUUGGGUGGAAACGGGGAUCUGGCGUGGUUGUGGCUUACAUUGAAGGAGCGCUUCCGGUGCUUGGAGAUCUAGAGACAAGUGGACUUUCACAGCUGUGACAGAGGAAAGAGGCAAAUUUCUUGAGCAGACCAGAGGACGCGACGCUGGGAUCAAGUCCCCAGAAGCCAUCCGCCUCAGGGAAUUAUACAAGACCAGGGGUUCAAGGAAGGUGUGCAAGGCAGGUAUAGCUGUCUCUCCUGGAUGCCAAGAUUUGAGACCCAGAAGUCUCCCAUGGUUCCUUAUCACAUCCGACAGUACCAGGACAGCGACCAUAAAAGAGUCGUGGAUGUGUUCACCAAGGGCAUGGAGGAGUACAUUCCCUCUACCUUUCGGCACAUGCUUAUGCUGCCCCGAACCCUCCUGCUCUUACUUGGGGUGCCCCUUGCCCUGGUCCUGGUGUCUGGCUCCUGGAUCCUGGCUGUUAUUUGCAUCUUCUUUCUGCUCCUACUUCUGCGGCUCCUUGCCAGACAGCCCUGGAAGGAAUAUGUGGCCAAAUGUUUGCAGACAGACAUGGUUGACAUCACCAAGUCUUACCUGAAUGUACAUGGCGCCUGCUUCUGGGUGGCUGAGUCUGGGGGGCAGGUGGUGGGCAUAGUGGCUGCUCAGCCAGUCAAGGAUCCUCCACUAGGGAGGAAGCAGCUGCAGCUCUUUCGCCUGUCUGUGUCCUCACAGCAUCGAGGACAGGGGAUAGCGAAAGCGCUGACCAGAACUGUCCUCCAGUUUGCAAGGGACCAGAGUUACAGUGAUGUUGUCCUUGAGACCAGCGCCUUGCAGCAAGGUGCUGUGACUCUCUACCUGGGCAUGGGCUUCAAGAAGGCAGGCCAGUACUUCAUGAGUAUAUUCUGGAGGUUAGCAGGUAUUUGUACAAUUCAAUUAAAGUACUCCUUCCCUUCUGCCUAGGAGGGGUGGCUGUGACCUUAUGCUCCUGUGCAGCAAGCACACUUCUCUGCACUCUGCUACAGGAACCAGUGAACCCUGUCAUGUCAGUGUGAUUAACAAUAAAAGUUUGUUGGUGCACACCAGA